ACCAGCAGCGUCUCCGGGCUGGGGGGGGGGAUGUUCCUGGGUUAGAGGUUCUCUUGUUCUUAGGGGAACGGUCAGGAGAUGAGCCCCGCCGCCUGAAGCGCAGCAGAACCCGUCAGAGUCCUCCAGCUGGAAGCACUUAGUUCCUGCAACAAUCAGUCUGUUUCUAAUUGGCUGGGGUGGCGCCCCCUCCCGCUCCUCCCGCUCCUCCUCUCCGGUUUAUUGUCACCGGCAGUCGGAUCGUUCCCUCAGAGCAGCAGCCUCCCUCCGCUCCGGCCCAACAUGCGGACUUUAAGAGAGGAUUUCUGAUUCCUGCAGCAUCUCCGCUCCUCCGCACGGACUCCAGGGAUGCUGCCACGCCUUCACACCUGAGCAGUCAGCCUGAACAACAAACGGAGGAAGAAGGAUAAUUCCCACUGCUGCCACCAGCCGGACCGGUCCAGCACCGUCGUCAGAACCCCAAACCCAACCGUCUCUGCCCCCCCGACGUUCCCGGGGCUUUCCCAGCAUUCCUCACCGGCUUCUUCACAAAGGUUCCCUGUGGCGUUCUGCACAGCUCCACUCGCCUCGGGGCCUUGGACCUUCAUGCGUCUCUUAGCGGCAGAGUCCACCCACACCUCCACCCACACCACCACCACCCGUACCAUGAGCUGUGAGCAGGAGUUUGGAGACGGGGCCAUGGGGGUCACACUGACGCUGCGCCUCCUCAUGCAUGGAAAGGAAGUUGGCAGCAUAAUUGGAAAGAAAGGAGAAACGGUGAAGAGAAUACGAGAAGAGAGCGGCGCCAGGAUCAACAUCUCAGAGGGUUCCUGUCCAGAGAGGAUCAUCACCAUCACGGGUCCGACGGACUGCGUGUUCAGAGCUUUCACCAUGAUCACCUUCAAACUGGAGGAGGACCUGGCAGCUCUGGUAGCUAACGGCACAGUGACCAGCAAGCCUCCGGUCACCCUGCGGCUGGUCAUCCCUGCCAGCCAGUGCGGCUCCCUCAUCGGGAAAGGUGGAUCCAAGAUCAAGGAGAUCAGAGAGACCACAGGUGCGCAGGUCCAGGUGGCCGGUGACCUCCUCCCUAACUCCACAGAGAGGGAGGUGACGAUAUCAGGAGGCCAGGACGCCAUCAUCCAGUGCGUUAAACUCAUCUGCACGGUUAUUCUCGAGUCUCCACCUAAAGGAGCGACCAUUCCCUACCGGCCCAGUCCGAGUCCUGGAACCAUGCUGCUGGCAGGAAACCAGGUGUUCGAGGCGUCAGACUUCGGCUCCCACCCGCUGUUCUCUGUGGCCCAGGCAGGACUGGACCUGCAGCAGACGUACGCGGUUCAGAGUCACUACGGCAUUCCACACUCAGAGUUGAUGAAGCUGCAGCAGCUGUCCAUGCAGCAGCAGGGCCUGGCGUCCAUCGGCCAGUCGGCUACAGUCCUGCCUGGAGCGGUGGAGGCAAAUUCCCAGACCACGUCUCAGGAGCUCCUCAUUCCAAACGACCUGAUCGGAUCCAUCAUCGGUCGGCAGGGCACCAAAAUCAACGAGAUCCGGCAGGUGUCCGGGGCGCAGAUCAAGAUCGGCAGUCAGAUCGACAGCAGCAGCGACCGACACGUCACCAUCACCGGGACGCCGAUCGCCAUCAACCUGGCGCAGUAUUUAAUCACCUCAUGUUUAGAGACCGCCAAAUCCACCGCCCAGUCCUCCUCCAUGUCGUCUCCCGUUGACCUGACCAUGAGCUUCACCCAGCCCGCCCCCCCUGCCUCUGCCUCGUCCUCCUCCUCCUCCCCCCUGGCAGCGAUGGGUGCGGCACUGCCCCACGCUCCAAUCCUGGGCGCUCCCUACGCCUUCCCCCUCUCCAGCCUCCUGGGAGUGAAAUCCAUCCCCUACCUGGCACUGUCCACCCCCCCCGCCUCAGCAGCAGCAGCGGCGGCGGCGGCCAUCGGGGCGCCGGUGCUGACCAGCUCGGUGCAGACGGCGGCCACGGCGGGGGUCCCUGUGUCGGCUCACGCGGCGGCGGCGCUGGCGUCCUACACGGCCAAGAUCUCGUCUUCAGCCAACGGGAUGAAGAAGCCGGAGAGACAGAAGUUCUCUCCGUACUGAUGGAGGUGUGACGUAGCUCCUGGGCUGCUCUUCAGACUGCUGGGGCCUUCUUCCUCCCAGCUCCGGUUUCCGUCUCUUUCUCUUCCCUUCCUGACUGCGAGCCAAGGCCACUGUGGGAUUGUUGGAACAUGAAAAGCUUUACGCAUUGACGCAGAGUCUUUGCAGAAAGCUGCGGCGUUUGCAGCCACAUUCAGAUGCAAAGUCUCUGAGAGCCGAAACAAGAAGCUGUUGCAGGAAGUUUAGGCGUGAAGCAGCUUUUGGUCCUGACUGUUUCCAGCUCUGAUUUUAUCAUGUAGUAAAAACCAUCAGCAGCAAGAAAUGUGCUUAAAAUCAGCUGCUGAUGGCUGAAGGAACCUUUUACCAGCGUCUGAUCUGACAAUCUCCAUGCAGCUGCAGCGCUAACCUCUCAGGGUAACAGCCCCCCCCCCAUCCC